UCGCCGCUAGGUGUCAGUGUGCGCAGACAGGAAGCCUCACAUGAGGUCAGAGUUGUACUUCCUGCUCGGCGGUAAAGCGUGUUCUGGUCCAAACGUUAUUGUGACGAAGAGACACAACAUUUACUGAUCAACAGAACUCAUUAAACACAGCAGACAUGAGUUUACCUCUGAACCCGAAGCCUUUCCUGAACGGCCUGACGGGCAAGCCGGUGAUGGUGAAGCUGAAGUGGGGCAUGGAGUACAAGGGCUACCUGGUGUCUGUGGACGGGUACAUGAACAUGCAGCUGGCAAACACAGAAGAAUACGUGGAUGGAGCAUUAGCGGGUCAUCUUGGCGAAGUGCUUAUCAGGUGCAAUAAUGUUUUGUACAUCAGAGGCGUAGAAGAAGAGGAAGAAGACGGAGAAAUGAGGGAGUGACGUUGGUGAAGACGACCCCCGGCCUGUUGUUGUUGUUGUCUGUCUGAGUGCGAUUGAACCUCGUUAGUUGAGUUGAUGAGUGUUUGUGUUUUCACCAUGUGAAACGAAUGAACGCUUGGACAGUUUUUUCCAAGCAUUUCUACUUCUUUCUUCUUUUUUUUUUUACUGUAUGUGAGACCAAUUUUAUGUUGUGACAUUGUGAUACAGACACAAUAAAUGAUUAUACCCCUUUCUUAAA